AAGAAAGAUGGCGGAAUAUGGAGGACGUUCUGUCAAUUCGCCAAUACAAAUUUUAUAAUCUUCACAUAACUUCCCAUAUUCGGAGAUGGCCUAAAAUAAAUACUUUUUAGUAAACAUUUGAUGUAGAUGUAAACAAAAAGCUUUAGUUUUGGUUGCAACACGCUGUGAUAGAAGAGUUAUUUACAUUUGUUUUUGCUGUGGUCUAAUUUGUUUUUGGUUUGCACAGUAGUACAGUAGCGUAAAAUUGUGUUGAAGUUGAACAUGGCGUCAGGAGCAAAGAUGUCAUACAACCAUUUUCAAAGUGGAAAAUUUGGAGGUUUACCCCAAGCGUCUCAAAAAGAUGCUGAAGUGACACAAGACAUGCAUUUGAAGAUGUCAAAAAAGAUAGCUCAGCUGACAAAGGUGAUUUAUGCGCUGAACACAAAAAAUGAUGAAAAUGAAACAGUUCUUCAAGCUUUGCGGGAACAACAUGAAGAGGAAAUCCAGCAGAUCCUCGCUGAUACAAAACAGAAGGUGGCUGUUUACAAAGAUCGUUUGGAUGAAGAGUCAGAUCACCAGGCCACAAUUGAAGCUUUGCAAACUCGCAUUGCAGAACAUCAGUCACAACAGGCUGCGAUUGAGGAGCAAUUUUCCCAGUAUAAAAUUAACAUUAGAGAAAAACAAGAAAAAGAGAGGGAAGACUAUGCUGCUAAACUUUUUGAUAUGUCGCAUGAGGUGUUAAAGGCAAAAAAGGACUUUGAAGAUCACAUAGAUAAAUUCAACUCAUGGAAAGAAAGAAUAAAUGCUCAGCAUUCAACUGCUGUUGCAGAACUUGGAAGCAAGCACCAAAGGGAAAUGGAAGAUCUGCGUUCCUUUCAGAGAAAUCAAGAUGACACAUGGUUAAAUCAAUGUGCUCAAAUUGAAGAAAAAUUCAAAGACCAGAUUGAAAGCUUGAAAUCUCAGAUUGAAGCUAUGGAAGCAGAGAAAGUAAGUCUUAAUGAAGAGUACACUGCUAAAUUGGAGAAAGCAAAAGCUUUUUACGAAAAAGAGCUGGAGGCCUUGAGACUUAACCAAACACAGGAACACAGUGUUGAAGUGGAAGGGUUGAAGAAGGAAAUUGACAGACUGAAGGGUGAUUUUGGCGCAAAUGAUAAGGAGCUGAGAGUACAAAUUGACAGACUGGUUCGGCAGCUGGCUGAUACUGAAGAUAGUCUGGAGGCUUCUAGAAAAGAACAACAGAUCCUCCAAGCUGAACUAGCAGGGAGAAAUUCCAGUUCUAGUGAACUUGCUAAACAGUUGGAAGACUUGAGGGAACAGCUUGCAUCUCAGUCGUCUAAACUGCACAGCACAGAAACUGAGCUGGCAGGAUCCAAGCAACAUGUUGCAGAUCUGGCUGAUGAAUUGAGUAAAAAAUCGACCCUGCUCGGUGAACUGGAAGCUCACAACAUGCAGAAGGAGAGCAUCAUUUCAUCUCUUCGGGAUGAACUGGAGAAGCUGAGGCAGCAGCUGACACGUGUUGAUGCGGAGAGAACAUCCCUUCUCUCACAACAACAGAGCUCUUCCUCAGAACAGAAGUCACAGUUGCAGAGCCUGAGACAGGCCCUUGAGGACAUGACUGUUGAGAAAGAAACACAGAAGCAAAGGUUUGAGAAACAAAUAAAAAGUUUGCAAGAUGAACUUGAGAAGACAGAAAAGUCUUUGAAGGAGGAAAUGGCUCUGAAGCUCAGUGAAAUGGAAAAGAGCCAUGUUGAAGCAAGAGAGAGUGAUCGGAAGUGUGCAGCAGAAGUUCUAACGGCAACUAAGCAGGAACUGAAAGAAAAUCAUGAAAAGGAAAUGAGUCAGGCAAAGUCUGACUAUGAAGCCUUGCAGCAAGAAUUUGAACAAGUGAAAGCUGACUUGAAAUCCAGACUUGCUGCUGCUGAAGAAGAGCUGAGAAGAAUGGAACAAAUGAUUAAGCAGAGCGAGGAAGGGUUAGGGUCAGCAUCAGGUCAGCUGAAGAGCAUGAAAGAAGCAGCUGAACAUUUGCGAACAGAAUUAGAGAAGACGCGAUCAGAACUCAAGUUUUCCAAGACAACAGCAGCUAGCUUACAGGUAGGGUUGGUUUCUUUUGUUUGGUUUCAUCAUCUUUAUCACUGCCUUUCUCACCCUGCCUCAGGGUAUAGGUCUUGAACAAACACUUUUCUCCUCUCCCUAUCCUGGGCUAGCCUCUUGAUCUUUUUCCAUGUCUUUCCGCUCUUGUGUAAAUUAUUCUCAGUGAAUCUUCUCCAGGUUCCAUGUGGCUUUCCCCUUGAUCUCUUACUUUGUAAAAUUCAGUUUGUUCAGUUUUCGUGUUUAGAAUUGAGAUGGACGUGGUUAAUGUAGGGGAAACCUUCAUAAAAAACAAUAAGUCAUACACGGCAGUCUGGAAAGACUACAGCUUUAUGGGUUUAACAGAACAAAAGAAAAAAAAAA